AUGCUUGUGGCCGGUGACUUCAACGCCCACCACCCGAUACUGCAGUCCGUCUCCCGCCCGAACCCCGCGGGUCGACACCUGGCAGCCGUGCUGGAGGACCUUCCUGAAGUAGUGCUCCUCAACAACGGAGAGGACACCCACGUCCGCGGGGGCAGGUUAGACCUGACGCUGGUCUCUCGUGCCCUGGCAACAGGCUCAUCAUGGCGGGUUCACCCCACGCUGACCAGCGACCACUACGCUCUCUCCACCACCCUGAGAGUGCGCCUGCCGCCACUGCCUCUUCCCCAUCCCCGGUGGGACGUUAAAAAAGCGGACUGGGUCAAGUUCCGGGACGCCCUCAGCCACUGGUGGGGCACGUAUGAGCCGGCGGAUGACUUGGACCAUCGUGAACGAGACUUCACGGCGGCCGUCGAGAGGGCAGCGGAGGCAGCAAUCCCUAGGAAGGCCCCCGGUUACCGCUACCGAAGGGAUUGGUGGUUCUUCAACGAAAAGGUCCGGGAGCAGAACCACCUUGUCAACAUCCACCGAAAACUCUACCGGAGGCGGCCGACCCUCACCAACCUUGAGCUGCUACGGGAGGUGGUGCAGCACGCCCGCUGCGUUACAUGGCGCGUUAAAGAGGCGAAAUGGCUCAAGUGGUGCGCCAGCUUCAAUCAGCACACCAGCCUGGGCGACCUUUGGGCCAAGAUCAACACUGCCUCCGGAAAGAGACCGAGUAGACCUCCCGCACACCCCCAGCCACAGCAGGAAGCUGAGAGGCUGGUGGACAUGUUCGUCUCGCGGGGCUCCAGCGUGCAGCUUCCAGCGCAAGUGCGUCGGCUUCAGGCCGACCUCAGGCCGGGGCGCGUGGCUGCCGUCACGGCGGCGCGGGGCAGACAGGACGUCAGCGACCAACCCUUCACUCGCCACGAGCUGGUGCAGGCCAGGAAGGGACGAGACACUGCGGCUGGCGCCGACGGCAUCACGUACUCCUUGCUGGCUCAGGUCGGGCCUGCCGGAGAUGAGGCAGUACUGGCCCUCAUCAACCACUCCUGGCGGGAAGGCCGCCUUCCCGUCGCGUGGAAGAAGGCGGACAUCCAGCCCAUACCCAAGCCCAGGGAGCCCACCAAGCCUCGUCCUAUCUCUCUGAUGAGCUGCACGGACAAGACUGCUGAGAGGAUGAUACUCACUCGACUGCAGUGGCGCCUGGGGCCCCUGCACCCGCACGUAUUUGGCUUCACCAGAGGAGUGGGCACUUCUGACAGCAUCAUGGCCCUCCUGAGCCUCGUCGACAACCGUCCUGCCGUUGCUGUCUUCCUGGACCUGGAGAAGGCGUUCGAGCUUGCCAGCGCUCACGCUAUCCUGGUUGCGCUCGUGCGCAAGGGCAUCCAGGGACGGCUCAUCUCCUGGAUUGAGGACUACCUCCAGCACAGGCGCGCCAGAGUCAGGUUCCAGGGGCUGCGCUCCGCUUAUCGGGAGCUGGAAAACGACACACCAUAG